GAUGAAACGAAAAGCUAAAUGCCAAAAAUUUGUGUUUAUCGGAGGUCUUCCACCAGAUAUUGACGAGGAGGAAAUUACAUCUUCUUUCCGUCGUUUUGGACCAUUAGUCGUUGACUGGCCUCACAAAGCCGAAAGUAAAUCAUACUUUCCACCAAAGGGCUAUUGUUUUCUACUCUUUCAAGAGGAAGCCAGCGUUCAACAGCUAAUUGACGCUUGCAUAGUCGACCAACAAAAGUUUUAUUGGUGUGUUUCGAGCCCAACGAUGAAAGACAAACCAGUUCAAAUUCGACCUUGGACUUUAUCCGAUUCAGAUUUUGUAAUGGACGGAACACAACCUCUCGACCCGAGAAAGACAAUUUUUGUUGGUGAAUACAAUGAUGCAGGUGGAGUACCUCGACCGUUAAGAGCUGUUGAAUUGGCAAUGAUUAUGGAUCGAUUGUACGGUGGUGUAUGCUACGCUGGUAUUGAUACAGAUCCUGAAUUAAAAUACCCUAAGGGAGCAGGAAGAGUAGCCUUUUCAAACCAACAAUCUUACAUAGCUGCAAUCAGUGCACGAUUCGUCCAAUUACAACAUGCUGAUAUCGAUAAACGAGUUGAAGUAAAACCAUAUGUAUUGGAUGAUCAGUUGUGCGACGAAUGUCAAGGUAUGAGAUGCGCUGGAAAGUUUGCUCCAUUUUUCUGCGCCAAUGUAACGUGCCUACAAUAUUACUGCGAAGUUUGCUGGACGCAGAUCCACUCUCGUCCUGGCAGGGAGUUUCAUAAGCCGCUCGUUAAGGAGGGUGCUGACCGCCCUCGCACCGUGCCGUAUCCGAGGUGGUGCUAA